CUCACCUCAACCCUCGUCCAUCUCACAUCAACUGCGUCACGACUGCACGAGCAUCAUAGCAGUAGCAUCCACGACAUCGCAGUGACCUAGCCCCCCUCGCCCCUCUUCUCUCCUCCUUGUCCACCGACCCCAUCGCCCACAAUGGCUACCGCUCAGGUCGGCGUGCUGCCCGUGGCGAGCAUACCCGUCAACUACGAGGAUGAGCUCCAAAAGAUCACCGACUUCCUUACGCGCUUCGUCCCGAACAAGGACGCGCGCAGGCGCGCGACGACCCUCCCCGAGGACGACGACGACGAGGCCGAGUCGGAGCCCGAGAGCGUCGCCGACGAAUUUGACGACCUCGACGUCGACGACGACGGAGAGUACUCCAAGGCAAAGUACAUGCGCAUCAUGCGCCGGGUGGCCAACCGCCAGACGACCGAGGUGGUCAUCGACCUCGCCGACCUGCAGCAGUUCUCCAACGACCGCACCCUCCUCCACAACAUUGUGCACAACACGCGCCGCUACGUCCAGCUCUUUGCCGACGCGCUCGACCAGCUCAAGCCCGCCCCAGACCACAUGGCCGACCACACUGACGACGUCCUCGACCUCAUCAUGCAGCAGCGUCAGGAGCUCAACGCGCAGAUGGAGGACGGCGACACUGUUGACCAGUCCCAGUUCCCUCCCGAGCUCAUGCGCCGCUUCAACGUCUACUUCCGCCCUGUUCGCAGCAAGGACAUCCUCGCUGUGCGCUCCGUCCGCGCCAACCACCUCGGCAACCUCAUCACCGUUCGCGGCAUCGUCACCCGCGUGUCCGAGGUCAAGCCCCUCCUCCUCGUCAACGCGUACACCUGCGACUCGUGCGGUAACGAAAUCUUCCAGGAGGUGGCCCAGAAGUCUUUCACCCCCCUCUCGACCUGCCCCAGUCAGACAUGUACCGUCAACCGCACUAACGGCAAGCUCCACAUGCAGACCCGCGCCUCGCGCUUCCAGGCCUUCCAGGAGGUCAAGAUCCAGGAGAUGGCCGACCAGGUCCCAGUGGGCCACAUUCCCCGCUCCAUGACGGUCCACCUGUACGGCUCGCUCACGCGCUCCGUCAACCCCGGUGACAUUGUCCACAUCUCGGGCAUCUUCCUGCCCACUCCCUACACCGGCUUCCGUGCCAUGCGCGCAGGCCUGCUCCAGGACACCUUCCUCGAGGCCAUGCACGUCAACCAGCUCAAGAAGCAGUACGACGCGAUGCAGCUCACAGACGAGAUCAAGGAUGCCAUCGACGAGCUCACCCAGGACGCCAACCUUUACUCGCGUCUCGCCAACUCGAUCGCGCCCGAGAUUUACGGCCACGAGGACGUCAAGAAGGCCCUCUUGCUGCUCCUCGUUGGCGGUGUCACCAAGACUGUCGGUGAUGGCAUGAAGAUCCGUGGUGACAUCAACAUUUGCUUGAUGGGUGACCCCGGUGUUGCCAAGUCGCAGCUCCUCAAGUACAUCACCAAGGUCGCCCCCCGUGGCGUCUACACCACAGGUCGUGGUUCGUCUGGCGUCGGUCUCACGGCUGCCGUCAUGAGGGAUCCCGUCACUGACGAGAUGGUUCUCGAGGGAGGCGCGCUUGUCCUCGCCGACAACGGCAUCUGCUGCAUCGACGAGUUUGACAAGAUGGACGAGUCGGACCGUACGGCCAUUCACGAAGUCAUGGAGCAGCAGACGAUCUCGAUCUCCAAGGCCGGUAUCAGCACAACCCUCAACGCCCGCACGUCGAUCCUCGCGGCUGCCAACCCUCUGUACGGCCGCUACAACCCCAAGGUCUCGCCAGUCGACAACAUCAACCUCCCCGCCGCCCUGUUGUCGCGUUUCGACAUUCUCUUCCUCAUUCUCGACACGCCCAACCGUACCGACGACGAGCGCCUCGCCCAGCACGUCACCUACGUGCACAUGCACAGCGCACCGCCCGAGCUCGACUUUGAGGCCAUCGAGCCCACGCUCAUGCGCCACUACAUUGCCGAGUGCCGCAAGAUCCGCCCGACCGUUCCUGCCGCGAUGAGCGAGUAUAUUGUCUCGAGCUACGUCCAGAUGCGCAAGCAGCGGAAGGAGGACGAGGCCGAGGACAAGAACUUUACGUACGUGUCGGCGCGUACCCUCCUCGGUGUGCUCCGUCUGUCGCAGGCGCUCGCUCGUCUGCGCAUGGACGGCACGGUCGGCCAGGGCGAUGUCGACGAGGCCCUCCGCCUCAUGGAUAUCUCCAAGGCGUCGCUGUACGAGCACCAGCAGCAGCGUGACGGUGAGGACCGCACGGACACGUCCAAGAUCUUCCGCAUCAUCAAGGACAUGGCCAGUGGUCGCGGCGCCGCUGCUCGUCGCCGUGCGGGCCGACAGGGCCAGGACGAGGAUUACAUGUCCGAGGACGAGGAGCUGCAAGAGCUGUCGAUCAUGGCCCUUCGCUCGCGCGUCAUCGCCAAGGGCUUUACCGAAAACCAGUUCAUGGACACGCUGCAAGAGUACGAGAACAUGGGCGUCCUGAUGCGCACCGCCAACGGCACGCGGGUACGCUUUGUCGACGCCGACGAUGUCUAG